AUGCAAUCUGCGCUCCAGCAUGACCAAGCCCUGAAGGAUGCCCAGGCUGCAGCCGAGACCAAGCUGGCGGAGGUCGUGGAAGAUUCCACGAACUCCAACAUGGUGCUGAGGACGGAGCUAGAGGAGGAACGGAAAGCGCGGAAGGCAGCGGAGCACCAUAUUGAAGUCCUGACCACUGAUCACAGAGAAUACGAUCGGUUGGUUAUGCAGAUCGACGCGCUGGCUCUCCGAGAUAAUUGUACGAAAGCCGAAUUGUUUCAAGGAGCUUCUGCAGUCGGUGCUCCUGCAGGUACUGGUCAAAUAGUUCAGAAGAAAAGUAAAAGGUCUUCAAAGACUCAGCCUCGUAAAAUAGAGGAAGUUAAUAAUUCCACACAUGGACAUGAGAAUCAGUUCGCGAACGAUAGCCAGAACAAACACGUAACUGAUAUUGACGGGACCCAUAAUAUUGAAAAGACAGCAGGAGCACCAACAGAAUCACCUGUAGUCCAUAAAGAUGACACAAGUGUCACGCAUGACAAGCCUAAUGCUCGAAAGGGAAGGAAGAAAUCUUCCACGAUUGAACUUCAGAGUCAGGAUACCAACGUGGAACAUGAUUCUGAUGCAAAUUUCAUGAACUCCAGGGCUCAACAGGGAGCAGUUAUUCCUGAAGGUUCUUCUGAUGCUGUUGAACCAAAUGAUUAUGUAGCGGUUCAUCCUGGUAAUGACAAAAUCAAUUUCCUUGACCAUUUUAGCCCCAUUGCGACGAAUGACCCAUCUGAUUCUACAAAAAACAUUGACGAAACUAUAAGGGAAGUAAAGGGCAAAAAGAAAAGCAAAAGAAAAGCAGAUACACAGUCUCAACUUGCUGGUAGUAUUGAACCAAAUGAUCUGCCAGAGUCUGAUGUUCAUAGAGAUAAAACUAGCUUAGCUGAUCAUUUGGGUACUGGAAAUGUGAGUGUGCCUUCUGUUAUAGCAGAAAACAUGAACAAAGAAUAUGGUAAUGUGAAGAAAACCAAGGGGAAAAAGAAGAGCAAAACAAAACUGGAUUUGCUCAAACCCGAGUCUCUAAAUCUAAUGGGUGGUAACCAGGAAACUGAUAAUUGUACACAUGAUUUGAUGCCUUCUGAUGCGCAGAAGGGAAGAAUGGAGCAUGGCAAUGCAAAUGAGAACAACGAUAAAGGUAUUCAGAAUGGUAGUAUGCUGCAACAGGAGACAGAAGAUGCUACACGUGAUAGCACGCGUGAAAAGAAGUCCCACCAAAGCAUGUUUAGUGCUGAUAGUCAGACUAAUUUGCCCAUUGAGAAGGAUCAUGCUCGCAUUAGCAAAGAACAGAGGAACUCUACUUCUCAGGCAAAGUGUCACGCCAAGAGUAGAAAACAUGAUGGGUCUAUUGAUGGAAGGACAAGUACAAAUCCUACUGAUGUAGGCAACCCUGUUCAGAGCUUUCCGGUGCGCCCGCAAGUAUCUAAUGAAAGCGCUUACGGCACACCAUCUGUUGACCAGUUUAGAGUAGCAGUUCGGAAAGUCCCAAGAAAAAGUUAUGAACAGGUCAAUUACAAAUCCAAAAAGGAUAUUAGUAAGAGAGGCACUGGCUCAAUUUUCGGUGACACCAUGAGUGAAAGCUCUGAUGAAGUAUUGAACACCAUGAGUCAAAAGGCUGCCAUGGAAAAUUCGUCAUCCACAUCUGCGGGCUCAGGCGUUUCAUCUGCAGCCUGGGAUGGAAUUGACGCACCUGAUGACGAGGACAUUGUAUCAUUAUCCCAGAAGAGUGACAUCCACUCCAUCCUCCGAGGCUCCACUAGCUACAAGAAGGCGAGGCUAAAACCAACUGAGCUGUUGGACGACACCGAGGUGGCCUGAUAGCCAGCCACCUAUCUGAAUGAAUGAAACCUGAUGCUUGCCUAGACUCAAGUCGUUGGAGCUGAAUGAAUGAACCUGAAUACCUGUUGCCUUUAUGCUGCGUGCUUCACGCAAUUUUCCAACGUUUGUGCAUUGUGGAUUAUCACGUUAAAACUACAGUGCACAGCUCCAGCUGUAUUCUCUGCCUGUGAAUUUUUGGGUUGGCGACAGUCCUAAAACAUUUAUUAGUUUCUUGUCUUUA